UGCCCCCCCCCCCCAUUCAAACAAGUGGCUCUCCCAAGGAGUUUCUAGAAGCCACUGUGAGCGGGGGUGGGGGGGGGUGGGGGGUGGGAGUGGGGUCAGGUGGUGGCUGGAUGCUGGAGUCAGGAGUCAGGGAGGCCAGGAGCUGGGAGACGGAGUUGGCUGACCCUCCUGGGGUGUGGUCCAGAGAAGUGGCAGAAUGAGCUGAGGACUCUGGGUGCAGCACUCUUCCUUGGGUGGCCUGGGAGUGGGGCCAUCAGAGGACCCCACGAGUGGCCAGGGUAUAGCAAGAGUUUGUGGGGCAGCUCGACGAGGUCUCCGGCAGAGACCUGGGAUCCCUGUCCUGGGCUGGGGGGCUGCCCCCUCCCCUGGCCUGGCUCCUGCCGCCCGUGCCGCCGGUGAAACGCUGUUGACAUGUCCUGAAUUAUUAAGCACGGGGUGGGCUCCGGAGCACAUGCUGAGCGGAGCGGCUGGGGCUGCGCGGCGUGGCGGAGCAGCUCACUCGCUUGCUCGCAGGGACACACGCAGGGGCUGACAGCUGUGCUGGUGCUGAUAAGGGAAGCCACAAGGAGACGAUCGAGGAGAGAGACAAGCGGCGGCAGAGGCGGCAGCGGCAGAGGCAGCACCAGGGCUGCGGAGCUGCUGGGAGUGGGAGUGACUCCCCCACCUCGGGCCCCCACCCUGUCCCCGUCCUCCUCCAGCUUGCCCUGAGUUUAGAAGAACAGCCGCUGCCACCACCGACACUCCGGAGGGCACCGGGGGCUGCUGGCCAGGGAGGGACAGGGGCAGGGAGGCUCUGGCCAGUUCCAGCAGCCGGGGACAGAUGCCGAUCGAGAUUGUGUGCAAAAUCAAAUUUGCAGAGGAGGAUGCGAAACCCAAGGAGAAGGAGGCAGGGGAUGAGCAGAGCCUUUUGGGGGCUGCGCGGGGGGCAGCAGCGCCCCGGGACCUGGCCACCUUUGCCAGCAAGAGCACUCUGCACGGGCUGGGCCGGGCCUGUGGCCCAGGCCCCCAUGGACUUCGUAGAACCCUGUGGGCACUGGCUCUAUUCACCUCGCUGACCGCCUUCCUGUACCAGGCGGCAGGCCUGGCCCGGGGCUACCUGGCCUGGCCUCACCUGGUGGCAAUGGACCCCGCUGCCCCAGCCCCAGUGGCGGGCUUCCCGGCUGUCACCCUCUGCAACAUCAACCGCUUCCGGCAUUCGGCACUCAGCGACGCUGACAUCUUCCACCUGGCCAAUCUGACAGGGCUGCCCCCCAAAGACCGGGACGGGCACCGAGCCGCCGGUCUACGCUACCCGGAGCCUGACAUGGUAGACAUCCUCAACCGCACUGGCCACCAGCUUGCCGACAUGCUCAAGAGCUGCAACUUCAGUGGGCAUCACUGCUCCGCCAGCAACUUCUCUGUGGUCUAUACUCGCUAUGGGAAGUGUUAUACUUUCAAUGCAGACCCGCAGAGCUCCCUUCCCAGCCGGGCUGGGGGCAUGGGCAGUGGCCUGGAGAUCAUGCUGGACAUCCAGCAGGAGGAGUACCUGCCCAUCUGGAGAGAGACAAAUGAGACAUCGUUUGAGGCCGGCAUCCGUGUGCAGAUCCACAGCCAGGAGGAGCCACCCUACAUCCACCAGCUGGGCUUCGGCGUGUCCCCAGGCUUCCAGACCUUCGUGUCCUGCCAGGAACAGCGGCUGACCUAUCUGCCCCAGCCCUGGGGCAACUGCCGGGCGGAGAGCGGGCUCAGGGAGCCUGAGCUUCAGGGUUACUCGGCCUACAGUGUGUCUGCCUGCCGGCUGCGCUGUGAAAAGGAGGCCGUGCUUCAGCGCUGCCACUGCCGAAUGGUGCACAUGCCAGGCAAUGAGACCAUCUGCCCACCAAAUAUCUACAUUGAGUGUGCCGACCACACACUGGACUCCCUGGGUGGGGGCUCCGAGGGCCCAUGUUUCUGUCCUACUCCCUGCAACCUGACCCGCUACGGGAAAGAAAUCUCCAUGGUCAGGAUCCCCAACAGGGGUUCAGCCCGGUACCUGGCCAGGAAGUACAACCGCAAUGAGACCUACAUACGGGAGAACUUCCUGGUCCUAGAUGUCUUUUUUGAAGCACUGACCUCCGAGGCCAUGGAACAGCGAGCAGCCUAUGGCUUGUCAGCCCUGUUGGGAGACCUUGGCGGACAGAUGGGCCUGUUCAUCGGGGCCAGCAUCCUCACACUGCUGGAGAUCCUCGACUACAUCUAUGAGGUGUCCUGGGACCGACUGAAGAGGGUGUGGCGUCGUCCCAAGACCCCCCUGCGGACCUCCUCUGGGGGCAUCUCCACCCUGGGGCUGCAGGAGCUGAAGGAGCAGAGUCCCUGUCUGAGCCGGGGCCGGGCUGAAGGUGGGGGAGCCAGCAACCUGCUCCCCAACCACCACCACCCACACGGCCCUGCAGGAGGCCUCUUUGAAGACUUCGCUUGCUAGGAUGGUGCUGUGUCUAAAAGGACCAAGGCAUCUGGGACUCCUCCCUGGAUCCCCAAAAUAGUCUCCUCCUGCUCCCAGGACAGAAGGCCUGUGGGCAGCCCAAGGCUGACGGGGAGAGGGUGGUGCUCACUGGGAAGACACUCAGUUCCUGUUCUCACCGACCCUGGCGCCAGCUGCUUCGCACAAGGGUCCUUCUUGUCCAUACCCCCUCCCAAGGUUGGUGCCUGGGGAGAGCUGGAGAGCAGACCAUGGCCCCCUGUGGAGGAGAGGGGAGAAGAGAGGGAGGUGGAGGAAGUGGCCAACCCCAGAAG